AUGUUUCCGAUGUUGUCGGUGAUGACUAAUAGCAGGUUACUAGCGCAACGAUCCAGACGUUCUGGUGGUGCCGGAUGGCCAACGGCGCUAAUUGAGACACGAGCUGAGCUUGUUGAGCAGGUUUCGCCUCAAGCGCGUGCCUCGCGAGCGACUGUCGUCAGUGCGCUCACUGCGAUUUGGAGGAUGGCGCGAAUGUGUUGGCUGACUUUGGGGGCCUUUUUGGCCGCGAACGUCGCCCGGGCUUCGUCUUCGAUGCCCAGUCAGGAAUUGGAGUUCACCUUCUUGUUGCCGGCGGGCAGCAAAGAGUGCUUCUACCAGACCGUAGACGAGGGCAACAUCCUGGAAUUUGAAUACCAAGUGAUUGGCGAGUCGAAUCUGGACGUGAGCUUCGUCAUGAUUUCACCCAGCGGCUGGCGAGAGUUUGACGACAGCAGGAGAGGUCACGCCACCCACAAGCUGGAGCGCACCGAUCAAGGCGACUACCAGCUGUGCUUUGACAACAGCUUCAGUAAGGUGAAGGAGAAAAUGUUGUUCUUCACGCUGCUCAUCAGCAACCCCAACAGCACGGCACAAGACGAGGGCAUCGUGGGCAACGCCACCACCGGCCAAACCUUGGAGUACAAGCUGGCGGACUUCAUGACGCGUGUGAAUGCGUUGCACGUGAAAAUCCAAAGGGCCCGCGUGAUCCAGCUCAUGUUGAGGACCUUCGACACACGGGACCAGCGCCUGCAGGACAACAACCUGUGGAGGGUCAGCUUCGGGUCGUGCAUCAGCGUCGUCGUCAUCCUGGGCGUGGCCAACGCGCAGGUUCGCAUUCUCGAGUCGCUCUUUCCCGAGAGCUAGGACUGCUCGCGUCGCCCGCCGGGGGCGCCGUAGGGAGGGGGCAGCGCUGGCCAAUGAGAAGCUGAGCGUGCUUGUACCUCAAAUCCACUUUUUUUUUUUUUUUUUUUUUUUUUUAUAAAAUAAGGCGUAAUGUUAUUGGAUGGAAUUUUGUUGUUUUGUUUCCACACCAUCUGAGAACAAUAUGAGGGCGGGGAGGGUGUCUUAAAAUAUCAGAAUAAAAAAAUCAAAUAAAGAAAAAAACCACGAGAGUAAUGUAAUAUUAUUAUGAGAAAAAACAUCAAAAUCAUACAAUAUUAAAGUUACAAUGCUAUGGGGCAAAAAAAUUUACUUUUUGAACACAAAUUGUACUAUUGAGAGAAAAAGUCAUAUUUCAAGGAAAAAAAUACAUUUUAAGAAAAUAAUGUGGUAAUAUUGUGACCCCACAAAUCUCUACAAAAUCUUAUGAGAAAAAGUAAGAUUACCAGGAAAAAAAAAUGUGUCAUGAUGCUGCAGGAAAAAAAAUGGACCUUUACUGACGAGUUGAAUUCCAUUUGAGACGAUGUUUGUUUAUCAAAGCAACUUUUCCUUUCUGAUUUGAAUGGAAAUUCCAUUUAUUCAUUCCAGCUCCCAAAAACAAAAACUCUGUGUAACGUGUCUUUUAACAAAAAUAAACAAACAAACAAAAAUUCUGUAUAUAACACACAGUAAUAACAUAAAAAUAAAUGAAUGUAAAGAAAUAAAAGUUUUUAUUUAC